CAAUGGCUUCAGAGCUUACAAUCUUGCACUUGCUCGAAGUCCCGAAGUAGGUGGCACGAGACGAGGUGGUAACUGAAACCUCACUCUGUUUUUCCGGAAUCUCACAGAGACAGCGCUCGAUCCCAUGGCAGCUUCCAAGGUCCAAGCUUUCUGGAACCACCCCGCAGGCCCUAAAACAAUUCACUUCUGGGCUCCAACUUUUAAAUGGGGUAUUAGCAUAGCAAAUAUUGCUGAUUUCUCAAAGCCACCGGAGACGCUGUCUUAUCCUCAGCAACUAGCUGUUACAUGCACUGGACUUAUUUGGUCUCGUUACAGUAUGGUGAUUACUCCGAAAAACUGGAAUCUGUUUAGUGUCAAUGUUGCAAUGGCUGGGACAGGCUUGUAUCAACUUUCCCGCAAAAUCACGCACGACUACUCUUCCGACACUGAAACAGCUGUAGCAAAAGAGUAAAUCACAAACCUUUCAGCAGGUACAUGGUUCAUGCUGCAAGCUUUUCUAUAUGUGAAAUAUAUGAAAGAACCUGUGCAUCCGCUUGUAGUUUCGGUUAUCUUUAGCUUGUAAUUUUGGACCGAAUAUUUUCAAUCGCCUACCUAAGAAUUAAUUUUAUCUUUGAUGGACUUAAUGUCCAGAAGUUUUUCGGA